UUGUUCCGCUAUUACUGGUGAUUACGUGAGACGGUGUCUGCAUUUACCGCGCACUUAAAUCGCGAGGCUUCACUUGAGACUUAAGUUUGCUUAUAGGAAGUUAUUAACGAUUCUGACCUCACCGAGGAGGGGUAUAGUUCAGUAAUCACGUUCUGACGAGAAUCAAGCUUCUGUUUGAGCGCAACCUUUGUACAGCAGAAAGUUAACUCUUCAAAGACCGAUUUUCUUUCGUUUGUGGUUUCGGUUUCGCGUCUUCGUAACAUCUAAGUGGGUCUUUUUCCGGCUUUGUUUACAGCAGAGAAAUGGUAGAAAGGCAAUGGAGAAAAUGUGUGGCUUGUUUAAGGUACGUUUUCGUUUUCUGUGGGCUGUUAGUCGCGGCGAAACCAUCAACUACAGAUUCAAACUCAAGAGGAACUUGCAAUUUUGUCAAGACUGACUCUUCAGGGGAAAUUCUCAGCCCGAGCUAUCCCCAACCAUAUCCAGAGGACAUUGAAUGUACAUGGGAAAUUAAAAUGCCGUUGUUUGAAACUAUAGUUGUUGUGUUUAAACAUUUCAACCUGAACUCGCCUUCAGGGGACUUCUUCUGCGAGAGAGGUGACUUUGUCGAAGUUUACGAUGAGCAAGGUGGUCUUUUAGGCAAAUAUUGUACGGGGAAUUUACCCCCAAGACAGAUAACUUCUAAGAGCAACAUCUUAAGAGUUGUUUUUAAGUCGCAUAAUCGAACAACAGAGAGCACGGCUCUCACUUAUCAAAGUGGUUUUAGUGCAAUUUAUGCCUCUUGUGGUGGGUUCUUCACGGAUGCUGUAGGUCUUCUUCAGAGCCCAAGUUAUCCUGAUCAAUUUCCAGCAGAUAUUCAUUGUUUGUGGCAGAUAAGAGUACCAUCAGACUAUGUAAUCGAGCUUCGUUUUAAGGACUUUCAAAUGGAUGGAAUGUAUCCGUGCAGUGUUGACUACGUUAGAGUGAAAGAUGGUUUUAAUACUAAUUCCACUGAGUUAGGGCACUUCUGUACCACGCGACUUCCUAAUGAGGAGACUCCCGUUCGUUCAACGGAUAACAAAAUGUCCCUGGAGUUCAAAUCAUACAAAGAAAGCAAUUCGCGGGGAUUUAAGGCUGAGUACACUCGAGUUUCUCAUUGCAAUGGGCUCUUGCAAGGUGAUUACGGAAGAUUCACUUCUCCGGGUUACCCCGGUUCGCGGCAAAUGGACAGAACCUGCAGUUGGCUUAUAACAGUCUCAGAGGAGAAGAUAGUGUCAUUGAGGUUUGAUUUUUUCGCUGUCGAUUCUUUCACUGGGAUGUUUUCAAUUUCUGGAGACUGUGGAGAUGAUUUUGUAGAAUUGUUUGAUGGUACCAGUUCUGAUGACCCCUCCUUGGGAAAAUUCUGUACUGUCAAUAAUAAACCUACUGAUAUGGUGCGCUCAAGUGGUAGACAGAUGUUUGUAAAACUAAAAACAAGUUUCCGAAAUGAAGGAGAUGGUUUUUCAGCCAGUUACUAUGGUAUGGAUCCCUAUAGCCACUUUGCAGGAUGCAGCUUAUUUGACCAGCAACUGUUGUUUACAUGCAAUAAUGGACAGAGGAUCCAAUGCCAGUGGAAAUGCGAUGGUACAAACGAUUGCACAGAUGCAUCAGAUGAAUUAUUCUGUAAACCUACACCAACUCCUACCAGCCAGUCAAGUAGUGAUAUACGCAACUACGUCAUUGUCAUUCUCUCUAUUACUGGUUCUUGUCUGUCCAUUGUAUGCAUUGGGUUUAUGAUAGAUCGUUUGAGAAGGAAGCGCACUGUACGACCAAGAAGAAGACACAACCUUAGAAGACUACGGCGUUCAAGGCUCUCAUCUUCUGGUGAUGCCCCCUUAACAGAUGAACCAUCAUCUCCUCCACCUCCUUAUGAAAAUGCAUGCUACGGGGUGUCUUUCAUUCAACCGCACCUAACUAAUUCUUCUCCACAAAGAGGUAGUCCUGGUGCAUUUCAGAACAGCAGAAGGAUUCAAGCCUCAGAGCAGGUUUUAUCUAACAGCAGCCAAGAAAAUACUUCUGCAAAUGUCAGAACAGAACAAAUGAUCAACAACAGUGAACAGACCAAUGCACAAGAAAUCCAGGCUAUGAUGUUAACAGAAGAAGAAGAAAGAAGGGAUGGCAUUCAUGGUAAUGUAUUCAUUGGAACAGUCUCCCCUUCAGAGUCUAUUAAUUCACUGAAUGACACUGCUCCUCUUAUUCACCGAUCUGAAAGUGUUAUUGAACUUUAAAUGAUAAAAUCAUAUGCUUUAUUAACCUCCAUAAUUGAGGAAAAAAAGAGUUGGUAAGUUUUUUUUAUGUAUUUAUAUAAUUUAUUAAUAAUGAUUGGGUAGAUUCAUGAUACUUCUAUUUGAGUGAUUAAUUCUCCCACAAGCCUAGCAAUAGCCUAUGAUGUGUAAAAUUGCAUUUUUUUUCAAUUUAUAGUGUCUGUUUUACUUGUUCAUGAAUGUUUUGCUGCUACAUUUACCACAUAGUGUUCAUUCAAUCAAAAACCAUGCUCAUGUGUUAACAGCCAAUGUUUCAAGAGUGAACAGUUAUCAAAAAAAUACAAUAGAGCUCAGUUUCCUCGUUGAUGCCCAAAGUGUCUUCCUGGUUGUUCAGGUUAAAAUGCAGGUUUUAAACACCACAUUAUCUUACUUUGGAAUGUAUUUUUAAACAUCCUCCAAGUCUAUUCUUUGUUAACCCUUUAACUCCCUGAUCAAAUUUGUAAUUCUCCUUACUGUCAACCAUACAAUUCUUAUAAUGUUAGUUUAGAAAAUUUAGUAU